AUUACACUAAACAAUAGUAUUGUUUGAAUGCUAUAGACAUCGACACCUAAAUCACAUCCAAAUCACAUCCAAAUCACUUUUGAUUGCCAUUUGGGAUGAGUAGUGGAGGACAUCGAGAUGUGGGACCUUUGCUUCAGAUGUUGCGCUCUUUCUUGAGAGGGAGGUCUUGGAAUGAACAGCUCAGACAACCGCAACAUCUGUCCCACAGACCGUAUCCAUCGGCACAACUGCCGGGCGGGCCCUCACAUGAAACCAGUGCUAAUUACUAUUACACUCGUGACGCCCGAAGAUUAGUCACACCACCCGUUCAAGUGAUGGAUAAUACGGCCAAACAAUUGACUCAAUCUGGCGUUAAAGAGGCACCGCUUGUCUCUAAGACUGCACCAAAACCCGGAUUUACUUACAAUUGGGACUAAAUGUAACGA